UUGUCACAGUGAGUGCAUCUGCCUGCUGAGGUACGGUUCUGCGCCGUUGUCGUAGUCGGUCCACGUUGUACGCCCGCUAGCACCGUUUCGAAUAAUUUAAAUACUUAGGCACUUACGAGCGUCAUAAUAAUAUCAUGGGCAGGUUGUCGUCAACGUUCAUCAUAUUCCGUAUCGGAGCAAUCGUCGUGUUCAACAAGCUGAUGGUGUUUUUGACCAGCAUCAUUCCCCGAAAGAAAAUGACAGUCGUCCUUGAACAAGGUACAUUACAAGGACUACACUACAAAACACGAUUAUCAAAUAAAUCAUAUGUCAGUUUUCUAGGCAUACCCUAUGCUUUACCACCAAUUAAAGACUUGCGAUUCAAGCCUCCUGUCAAACAUCCAGGAUGGACUGGUAUUUAUAAAGCAUUUUCAUGCGGUAAAGUAUGUAUGCAGUUUGAUGUUUUUAUGACCAAAAAAAUUGUUGGAAGUGAAGAUUGUUUGUAUCUAAACAUAUUUGUACCACAGGAAGAAGUGGUUGAAAAAAAAGCUGUUAUGAUAUUCGUACAUGGGGGUGCAUUUAAUUAUGGAUCUGGAUCGUUAGAUUUUUACUCUCCUGAUUAUUUGCUUGAUGAAAAUGUAAUUGUUGUAACAAUCAACUAUCGUUUAAAUGUCCUAGGAUUUCUAAACUUUGGAAUUGAUGAAUGUCCUGGUAAUAUGGGCUUAAAAGAUCAACUUUUCGCAUUUAAAUGGAUAAAAGCCAACAUAGCAGCAUUUGGAGGUGAUACCAACAAUAUUACCAUUUUUGGAGAAAGUGCAGGAUCUGCUUCUGUUCAUUGUCAUUUACUUUCUCCACUAUCCACAGGUUCAUUUGACAAAGCUAUAAUGCAAAGUGGGUGUAUUUUUAAUCCAUGGGCUUUUAAUGAAAGACACAAAGAAGUAGCCUUUAAGUUGGCUGAAAAAUUGGGAUGCCAAAAAGAUGAUCCUAAAGAAAUAGUAAAAUAUUUACUAAACAUUCCGGCAAUCGAUUUAGUUAAAUGUACAACAUUUAAGUUCAAAAUUGAAGGCCAAAGAGAUUUGCUUAAUUUCCAGUUUGUUCCAACUGUGGAAAGUGAAGCCGUAAGUGAAAGACUUUUACCUGCUCAUCCAGAUAUUUUAAUCAAAUCGGCAUCUCCAUUACCUUUAAUUUCUGGAGUUAACAAUAUGGAAGGAAUGAUAGUGUUUGGAGAACACAAAUUGGGAAAGUUAUUUGAUUAUCACAAAUUAGAAGAGAUUAGUAAAUUAUUUGAAAAUCAUUAUAGUGAAGAAGUCAUUCAAAAAGUAAAGAACUUUUAUUUCAAUGAACAUGAGCAAUCUAGUGAUAUAACUAAAUUAGAAAAUACAUGUCGUUUGUUUAGUGAUGUAUUUUUCACUAAAGACUUUUAUCGUGGCUUUAAUGAUUUACUUAAAAAAGAUAAAGCACCAAUUUACAAUUAUGAAUUCAAAUUUGAUGGUGAACUCAAUGCUUGCAAAAAACUCCUAUUUGCUACACGGCCAAUAUUUCAUUCGAUGAAAGGUGCAUGUCAUGCAGAUGAAUUAAAUUAUUUGUUCUACGGACAAUUGUUUGGAUUUUUGCCCAAAGCUAAUACACCGGAAUAUAGAAUGUGCAAAACAAUGAGUAAGCUGUGGUGCAAUUUUGCAAAAACAGGAAAUCCAAAUUCGGAACAAAAUUCAAACGUUGUAUGGAAUAAUUCAAGUGUGGGUGAUCCCAAAUAUUUAUCAAUAGAUGGCGAUAAUACGCAGAUGGUCGAUGGUGUAAUAAAUACUUCAAGUGUACAAUUUUGGGAAAACAUAUUUGAAAUAAUUCGAUUGAAACAAAAACUGUAAAUUUUUAUACUUUAUUAUGAACAUGUGAUCAAAGAUAAACGUACUUACAAUUAUCUUACAAAAAUGUUGUUCUUAACAUAAAAAAACAUAUUAUACACGGUUUUCUUUUUUAAGUUUACUUUUUAUUAUUCUGAC